CGCGCCGCGGCGGAGACGCGCCCGCCCCCCUCAGCGGAGACGCGCCGGGGGAAGCGGGCGGCCGCGAGCGCGGGCGCCAUUUUGGCUUCAGUGUCUGGCCCGCGGCGUAGAGGACCUACACGGUGGCUGCGGCUAGCUGAAGGCGUCUCUCGCGCGACGACGAGAGACCUGGGAGAAGGACGCGGACGCCGCGGGACUGAGAAGGGCGGCUUCUCCCUGUGCAGCCAGAGCCGCAAAGGCGGAGCCGCGUUGGCGCCCGCCCCGGGACCAGCGCUUCGGAUGCGGGUGGAGCGCGGGGCGCCGCGGCGGCGGGAGCGCAAGGCGCGGGGCCUCAUGUGAGAGCCGCGAGCAAAGCCGCCCGCGGAGCCCGGGGUGGAGUGUGGGGGAAGCCGCCCCCGGCAGCAGGAUGAAACGAGGAGGAGGAAGAGAUAGUGACCAUAAUUCAUCAGAAGAAGGUACAGCAGAGAAAUCCAAGAAACUGAGGACUACAAAUGAGCGUUCUCAGACUUGCGAUUGGGGUAAUCUCCUUCAGGACAUUAUUCUCCAAGUGUUUAAGUAUCUGCCUCUUCUUGACCGGGCUCAUGCUUCACAAGUUUGCCGCAACUGGAACCAGGUAUUUCACAUGCCUGACUUGUGGAGAUGUUUUGAAUUUGAACUGAAUCAGCCAGCUACAUCUUAUUUGAAAGCAACACAUCCAGAGCUGAUCAAACAGAUUAUUAAAAGACAUUCAAACCAUCUACAAUAUGUCAGCUUCAAGGUGGACAGCAGCAAAGAAUCAGCUGAAGCAGCUUGUGAUAUAUUAUCACAACUUGUGAAUUGCUCUUUAAAAACACUUGGACUUAUUUCAACUGCUCGGCCAAGCUUUAUGGAUUUACCAAAGUCUCACUUUAUCUCUGCACUGACGGUUGUGUUUGUAAACUCCAAGUCCUUGUCCUCCCUUAAGAUAGAUGACACCCCAGUAGAUGAUCCAUCCCUCAAAGUACUAGUGGCCAACAACAGUGAUACGCUCAAGUUGCUAAAAAUGAGCAGCUGUCCUCACGUCUCUCCAGCAGGUGUCCUUUGUGUGGCAGAUCGGUGUCAUGGCUUACGUGAACUGGCCCUGAAUUACCACUUGCUAAGCGAUGAGUUGCUGCUUGCUCUAUCUUCUGAAAAACACGUUCGAUUAGAACAUUUGCGCAUUGACGUGGUCAGUGAGAAUCCUGGACAGACACACUUCCAUGCUAUUCAGAAGAGCAGCUGGGAUGCUUUCAUCAGACAUUCACCCAAAGUGAACUUAGUAAUGUAUUUUUUUUUAUAUGAAGAGGAAUUUGAUCCGUUCUUUCGGUAUGAAAUACCUGCCACCCAUCUUUACUUUGGGAGAUCAGUAAGCAAAGAUGUGCUUGGCCGUGUGGGAAUGACAUGUCCUAGACUAGUUGAGCUAGUAGUGUGUGCUAAUGGAUUACGGCCACUUGAUGAAGAGUUAAUUCGCAUUGCAGAACGUUGCAAAAAUCUGUCGGCUAUUGGACUAGGGGAAUGCGAAGUCUCAUGCAGUGCCUUUGUUGAGUUUGUGAAGAUGUGUGGUGGCCGCCUGUCUCAAUUAUCCAUUAUGGAAGAAGUAUUAAUUCCUGACCAAAAGUAUAGUUUGGAGCAGAUUCACUGGGAAGUGUCUAAGCAUCUUGGUAGAGUGUGGUUUCCAGACAUGAUGCCCACUUGGUAAAGACCAGAUGACAUAGGGCAUGAUGAAUAAUAGCACCUUAAUUUUAAGCAUAUUGUAUUAUAAUAAAAGUUUAUUUCCUGUAGGUCUGAUAUAAUUCUACUAUUUUGUGGCACAGAAAUUUGAUAUCUUCAUUGAGUAUAUUAGGAUUGUUUUUUGGAAGACUCAUGGACCAGUUUUGGUCAGAAAACUUCAUCUAUUUCUUUAGCCUAAUAGCAGUUAAAUCUCAAAAAAUUAGAAAAGUGAUUCAGAUCUGAAAGUAGUAAAGAUUAAACAUUUUACAGUCUGAAGGAAACAAAACAUAUAUAUUGUAAUAUCUGAUAAGUGGGUACUAAUAGGUUUUCCAAAAUGUUAUGUUCUCUAUGCAUUUUUUAAAAAUGUAAACUUGACAUUGUAGGGUCUUCAGUUAUACAUACACCUGUUAUAAGGUGUUUAAUAUAGCUCAGGAAAGUGAGCAUUUUGUGAGAAAAAUGUAGGAUAUAUUGUAUCUAAUGAAAAAGUUUGGUUGAAUGUUCUAAAAUGUUACAAAGCUGUUGAAAGAAGUAUAUACAAUUAAUUGGAACACUUAGAAAAACUGAUAAAUGUCACACAGUGGUUAUUGUAGAAAGAUAAUAAUAAAUAGAGCCAAGAUCAAAUUAAAAGAAAAUGAGUGGAAUAAAAGGGAGGCAGUGUUUAGCUUUGUAUAAACUUUUAGGAUUGCUCUGUAAUCUACUAAACUAUAUAAAUUCUUUUCUGUGAUACAUUACUAUGUAUGUGGCACUUGGGGCAUAUAUGUAAAGUAAGGAAUGCUUUUACUAGUUCUUCUUGGGUUUAUCUUUGUUUAAACUUAGUUUUGAAGUAUUACACAAUAAUUGAAAUGAGAAGUUUAUCUAUUUUAAAAAGCCAAAUUGAAAUAAUUAAAGGUAGAACUUUAAAAUGUUUAUAAAUUGUUCCCAUGAAAGAAUAUUCAUCUCCAGUGAAUUUUAGUGAUGGCUUAUUUUUACAUUUUGGAAUUAUAUAGUUAUGUAAGUAGAAUUUUCAAAAAUCAUAAAAGCACCAAUGUACAGUUCAGCAUAAACAGUAAAUUUAAAAGAGCAUAUAUUUAAGUUCAUAAUCAUAUUUUUGAGUAAAUAUUGCUCAGUGGACUGGAAAAUUUUAAUAGAAAAAUGUCUGCAGUUUUGUGAUAGUUAAUUUGGUUAAACUGAUAUUUUAUAUUACUUAAGUUAGGCAGCAUUUUUAUUACUUUCAUAUGAAUAAAAGUAAUCCAUACAUUGUAGAAACUGUAAAAAUAUUGUUUGGGGCUAUAUUUAGUUUUUUUUAGAUAUUAUUAUAAACUUGAUUCUGAGCACUAGUGCUAGUAGAUAUUACCCUCCUAAGGGAAAUUAGAAGUGAUUUACCCCCAGUGGGAUGUAUUAGUGCUUGAAACUUAGAAAGCAUCUUGGUAGAUAUGGAAGCUAACAGUCUUACGGAUCUAUUUUUAAAAUAGAUUACCUUCCUAAGAAUCAAGUAAAAAGGUGAUUUUCUGCAUAAUUUAUGCUUUCAAAAGUGAUGGUAUUCUGAGCGCAUAUAAAUGAGAAGAAAAAAGGCUGGUCCAGACAUGGAAAUCAAAAGCAAUUGUUGUAAUAUUCCUCCCUCUUACUAAACAGUGAAAAACUUUGUACAAGAAAUACCUGUGUUAGUGGAUGAAGCUUUUUUCUUUGAACAGCUUUGGAAAAUGGAUUUGACAGUAUGUAAUCAGUUCUACUAACCAAAGCUUUAUUUGGAAAUUUACUUUCUGUACAAAUUGAAUUAUAUAAUGCUUGAAAAACUUUAAGUCACUUCUUAAGCAAAAUGCAUAGCACUUGUUUAUACUGUAAAGUAUAUGUUAAAUGCUUUUAUCAAUUUUAGAAUAAAGAUAGUUAUUAAUGCU